ACUCACCCCAGUGUCUCUCAGUUCUCUCCAACUGCAUAAAAGCACCUCAGAUACUAUGACUGACACGGCUGCAAAUAACCUUCAAGCAGAAGUUAACAGGCUUCGCCACGAACUUCAGAGCUUAAAAGUGGACAAGCAAAGUGACGAUGGCGAACAAGUUACUAUUGCGGAAUACUUGUUGGCAAGAUUAGAGCAGCUUGGUGUCACGUCCAUCUUCGGUGUUCCUGGAGAUUUCAAUAUGCCCUUUCUUGACUACAUCGAGGAUCACCCGAAAAUUGACUGGAUCGGGAAUUGUAAUGAACUCAAUGCGGCAUAUGCUGCAGACGGCUAUGCCCGUGUCAAGGAGAACAGUAUAGGUGUAGUCACAACAACCUUUGGAGUUGGAGAAUUAAGUGCUAUGAAUGGUGUCGCCGGAGCUUUCUCUGAGAUGGUCCCCGUUCUUCACAUUGUUGGGGCUCCAAGUACUGCCCAGCAGAAGAAAAAACCGAUGCUUCACCAUACCCUGGGCGAUGGCAGAUUUGGCGCAUAUAUCAAGGCAUCUGAGCAGAUUACCAUCGCGCAAGCUGUUCUCAUGAGCAAAACCAACGCGACUUCUGAGAUUGAUCGCAUUCUGACUGAAUGCAUCACUCGCGCUCGACCAGUGUACUUAAUGCUUCCUACAGAUCUCGUCUCCCAAAAAGUUCCAGCUGGGAGGCUCGAAGUGCCCCUUUCUCGUACCCCCCCACCUAACAACCCAGACGUAGAAAAAUUUGUGUUGGACGAAAUCGUAAAGCUCGUUGAUUCGGCAGAUCAGGAUAUCAUUAUCCUUGUGGACGCAUGUGCAAUCCGACAUAACGUGCGCCAAGAGGUUGAUGACCUGCUCACGAGGACACAAUUCCCAGUAUACGCUGCGCCGAUGGGCAAAACGGCUGUGAGUGAAAACCAUAAUCGCUAUGGCGGGAUAUACAUUGGCUCUAUAUCCGAUCCUAGUAUCAAGGAGAAAGUGGAGAAUGCCAAGCUCAUAUUGUCUAUCGGGGCGCUCAAAUCGGAUUUCAACACUGGUAUGUUCACAUACAGCAUUCCUACAUCUUCUACUAUCGAGCUUCAUUCGGACCACACCCAAGUCCAGCACGCUCAAUUUCCUGGUAUUGGGAUGAAACAGCUACUCCCCAAACUGACAGCACGAUUGAAACAGUUCGAGUCCAGUGCAAGCCAGUUGGCCGUCCCACACUAUAAGGCCGUCAUCCCCAAUGAACAGCACGACGACAUCUCUCAUGCGUGGUUCUGGCCUCGCAUGGGGGCCUUUUUUAAGGAAGGGGAUGUGAUUGUUGCUGAAACUGGAACGUCGAGCUUUGGAAUUUUGGAUAUACCACUGCCUGAAAGAUCGGUGUUUGUAAGUCAGAUACUGUACGGGAGUAUUGGAUGGAGUGUUGGGAGCACCCUUGGAGCGGCCCUGGCGGCACGAGAUAAGAAAAUGGGAAGAACGAUACUUUUCGUUGGAGAUGGAAGUCUGCAACUUACUGUCCAAGAAUUGUCAACGAUGAUGCAUUACGGGCUGAAACCAAUCAUUUUCGUUUUGAACAACAAAGGGUAUAACAUCGAGAGACAUUUACAUGGGAUGCACAGGAAAUAUAAUGAUAUUGCAGAUUGGCAGUGGACUUCGCUCCUAACGACUCUCAGUAAUCCCAACCCGCAGGAGAAGCCCAAAUCCAAGUCAUAUACUGUACGCGGAAAAAAAGAGCUCACUGCGCUUCUGGAGGACAAGAUAUUUUCCAAUACUGGAGAGAUGCAGCUUGUUGAGGUGGUGAUGGACAUGUAUGAUACUCCACGAGCACUGCAGGCCGCGGCGGACUUGUCUGCGAGCUAGAUGAAGGCGAAGGAGAUGAGUGGAGGGGUGUAAACAGUACAAAUGAAUGGCUGGUUUAAAUUUAUAUGAAUGUGGGAUGUUUGUAACUCUGUAUUUCGUUCAGUUCGGUGCCUAAUGGUUUGUCAAACCUUCGAAGAUUUAUUAAUCGAUCAACCUUGGUAGCCACUGUUAAACCAUUCUAAACUGCAACCACUU